AUGACUGUUCCCGCGAUACGCCUCGUUUCAAAACCAGUCCGAAUCGAAAGCCUGGAAUCUUCAAAGGACCUCCAAAGAUAUUCCAAAACCCGACCCCUUAUAAACAACCUUAGCUUUUCCUUCAGGAAUAAUUCUUCCUUCUUUGCUUUUAUUUUCUUCUUGAUCUUCUUUAUCUGUGUAAUUGUAUUCAAUUCCAUUAAUUUCCACUACUUUAUCAAAUUCCCUUUCAUCAUUUUCACAUUGAUCUUUCGGUUGUUCAUUUAUAAAUAACGGACGUCUUACAAAAUUCCCUUCAAUUUCUUCAAUUUCCUCAAAUAUCCGCGCAGACUUUGAUUUUUUUAGACAAAAAAUGUCGAGACAUGAACUACUAUUUUCUAUUACAUCUAAAUGUUUUAUUU